UCACACUCGACAGUAAAUUACAGCAGAAACGUCUGGUCAAAGAAAGAUUGUAUCAUCGCUCGCUUGUGGACCGGAAAUUAAGAAAAAAAUAUAUGCAAGUAAAAAAUCCAAAAAUUAUACAUCUUUUAUAAAUUGCAUACACAUUGCUGGAGGCUGUGGGCUUCAGCCGUAAUCACCAUAUAAAUGGAUCGCAUCAAGAUCGGCGAGCAGCUGUUUUUCCAGCGAAGUGACGGACGAGUCCAUCCGGUGGUCUGCACGGCCAAGAAUCCGGAGCUCGACUCUGUGACUGGGGAAUGGACGGAGGGCGCGGUCGUCAAGGGCAAGGAGGUGCCCAUAAGUCUGCUGAUUAACAUUAAUCGUCAUAUAUUCGCUGAGAAUCAAUCGCCAGCGAUGGUCUGCACUCCAUCGCCGACUGCGACGGGCUCAAUGAUUCCGAAACCGAGGGAUUCGAGUCCCGCAGAGGGACCUCCUGACUCCUAUCGGAAGUCCCUGGGCAAGAAUCCCUAUGCGGAGCGCAUGAGGGAGUUCCGCAGUAAGAUGGCCCCAAGAAAAACCGAGACUCGUUCGGUGGUCAAUCGUGACCUGGCUGGGGCGUCUACCUCGCGAGUGGCCUUUUGCAAGGCCCGCAAUGUGAGUCCCGCCCAACCACGCAAGUCCCAGGGUGCCAACAACAACCAACGCUGCUCCAGUGUGGUGAGGGAGGUGAACCGCAUGAAGGAGGAGCGGGAGAAGAGAAGGGCUCGCCAGGCGGAGCAGCUGCUGGAGAAGGAUGCACUUCGUCGCCAGGAUCCGGGGAAUCCCAACUGGGAGGUGGCCCUCAUGCUGCGCCAAUACCAGGCCACCUUGAACUUUUCCCCUCUCCGGUUCCUAGAUCCACAUGGCGACUUUGUGCAGCCAAUCACCGUGUGUGUGCGCAAACGACCCAUGAGUCGGAGGGAGAACAACUCCAAGAACAUGGACAUCAUCACAGUGCCCACGGCCGAUUCACUGAUCGUCCAUGAGCUGCGCCUCAAGGUGGAUCUCACCAAGUUCCUGGAGCACCACAAGUUCCGCUUUGACUACACCUUCGACGAGGAGUGCUCCAAUUCGCUGGUCUACGACCACACAGCUCGUCCCUUGAUCAGGACCAUGUUUGAGGGCGGCAAUGCCACAUGUUUCGCCUACGGACAAACGGGCAGCGGCAAGACCCACACCAUGGGCGGGGAGUUCUGCGGCAAGGUUCAGGACUGCGGAACCGGCAUCUAUGCCAUGGCAGCUCGCGAUGUCUUCGAGGAGGUGUCACGGCCGGAGUAUCGCGAACUGGGCGCCAAGAUCACAUGCAGCUUCUUCGAAAUAUACGGCACCAAGGUGUUCGAUCUCUUGCACACGGACAAACCGCUGCUGCGGGUUCUGGAGGAUGGCAGACAGCAAGUCGUGGUGGUGGGACUGAGGGAGAUGCCGGUGACCAAGGUGGAUGACGUCCUCAGACUGAUUGAGCUGGGGAAUAAGGAGCGCACUUCCGGCCAGACCUCGGCGAAUGCCAAGUCAUCGCGCUCCCAUGCCGUCUUCCAGAUGGCCCUCCACUUGCCCGAUUCCUGGGGUCCCUACGGCAAGUGCUCCUUUGUGGACCUGGCGGGCAACGAACGCGGGGCGGAUACGCAAUCCGCCGAUCGCCAAACUCGACUCGAGGGAGCCGAGAUCAACAAAUCCCUGCUGGCUCUCAAGGAGUGCAUUCGGGCUCUUAGCCGCCAAUCCAGUCACCUUCCCUUCCGUGGCUCCAAGUUGACGCAAGUCCUGCGGGACUCCUUUGUCGGCGGGAAGAAAAACAAGACCUGCAUGAUAGCCAUGAUAUCGCCAUCCAUGAGCUGUGUGGAGCAUACCCUCAAUACCCUACGUUACGCGGAUAGGGUAAAGGAACUGGUGGCCAAGGAAGAUGAUGCCUUCCAAUCCCCAGGGGGGGAUGAAGAGAAGGCCCCCGAUCUGAACGAUGAAUCCGAGCCAGAAAUCCUGGACUACGAGGAGCCGUUGGAGGAGGAACAAGAACCGGAAUAUGAAGAUGAACAAAAUCAGCACAUUUCUAUAUCCUCUGAAGAAGCAAGUUAUUAUACUCAGCAAAAUACCAGCAGUAUGAAGGAACAAACUUCCCUUACGAACCUCAAUGAAACCAUAGAACUAUCCAAUCCUAAGAGUGAGCAGGUGAAACUUCAGCAAGUGGUUGAACAGCACGAACUGUUGAUAGAUUAUCUGGAGAACUUUGUGCGUGAUUCUCGGACUCUAGAUCCCAAAGAGGAAUUCAAAGGAUUAAACGACGUAUUCGUGGAACUGGCCAAUAUUGUAAAUUUUACCAGGGACUUGGUACUCAAUUUCAAUGCUCAGCGAUUAAUUAACGGCAUGGUGGACAAGGAUGGGAAGCCGAAUGAAAGUGGAAAGGAUUUGCAGAAGAACGACUAGAUAGACUCCUUCAUAAUACCCCCAUUGUAUUUAUUUUGUACCACUCUGUAUCUUUUCAUUUGAGUUUUGGGAGACCUUCAAUCGUCACAAAUUUCGAUUCGAUAAACAAGCAGUUAAUGAAAAUUCAA